UGUGAGCGCGCGGCUGUAAAGCGGGGACCGCCCUGACAGAGCGGCGGAGGCUCACUGACACCGAGGCUGAAAACAUGUCGACUCUCCGGGCUGAGCCGAGCGGACGGGACGGUCGCAGACACGCAGGACUGAGCCAUGAAACCACAGCGCCGCGUUGUUGACGUCUCCGAGCCGUGAGUGAUGCUCUCGAGAAAGAAAAGUAAAAACGAAGCGUCCAAACCAGCCGAGGUUCACGGGAAAUAUGUGAAGAAGGAAACGUCGCCGCUCCUCAGAAAUCUGAUGCCCUCAUUCAUCCGCCAUGGACCCACUAUUCCCAGACGCACAGAGGUCCCUCUGCCAGAGAUGGGGCCCUCCGCAUACCCUCCUCCCAGUAGGGAGCCCGUGGUGUCCCGCAACAAGAGUUUCCUCCGCACCCCUGUGCAGAGGCCUCCGCAUGAGGUGGCCCGCAGAGAGAGCCACCGCAUGUCAGCACCCCCAUACCUGCCUCGCAGUCUGGGGGACCUCCCCCACGAGUACGGAGGCUCCUCACAGUCUUUCCUCACAGACGUGAGCCCCAUGUCUGAGAAUGGAGAUGCUUCCCGCUAUUAUUACCCCUCUGAACCUUACUAUGACAGCCAGCAGCAGCAGCAGCACCAGCAGCAGCAGCACCAGCCGCAGCACCAGCAGCAGCAGCAGCAGCCCAGGAGGGUCCCAGAUCGCUUUCCUGAGGACUAUAGAUACUAUGAGCAAAAUGAACACAACUUCCAAAGAUUUCCCCGACAGCACACCCCCCCAGCUCCAAGCAGACCCCCUUCAGGCAUAGGUCGAAUACAGGCCAAAUCCCUGGGGAACCUCUCCAAUCUGACGGGAGAGGACCUCCCACUUCCGGCCGGCUGGACCGUCGACUGGACCAUCCGCGGCAGGAAGUACUACAUCGACCACAACACCAACACCACACACUGGAGCCACCCUCUGGAGAGGGAAGGGCUCCCCCCAGGCUGGGAGAAGGUGGAGUCUGCUGAGUUUGGGGUCUACUAUGUGGAUCACAUCAACAAGAGGGCACAGUAUCGCCACCCCUGUGCUCCAAGCGUCCCUCGCUAUGAUCAACCCCCACCACUACCACCUCCUGUGACCUAUCAGCCACGUCCUGCAGAGAGGAACCAGCCGGUCCUGGUGCCCGCUAACCCGUACCACACAGCUGAGAUUCCAGACUGGCUACAGGUGUACGCCCGUGCACCACUAAAGUACGACCACAUCUUGAAGUGGGAGUUGUUCCAGCUGGCGGACUUGGACACGUAUCAGGGCAUGUUGAAGCUGCUCUUCAUGAAGGAGCUGGAACACAUCGUCAAAUCCUACGAGGCGUACCGACAGGCGCUGCUGUCCGAGGUGGAGGCCCGCAAGCAGCGGCAGCAGUGGUACGCCCAGCAGCCCAACAAGAACUUCAUGGGGAACAUGUGAUGUGUAUGUGCACUCAGGAUGCCGCACCGCCACGCCCCUCUGUGGUCGCCACAGUUUGGGAGCGGUCAGGGUUUCUUUUUGAAAUCGUGAUUGACUCUUAAUUGCCUCUUUUACCAAACACAUCUGUGCCUUCGCUUGAUCCAAAUAUAUCAGCCAGGAAGUUGAGAUGCACGACAGCGGGGGGUGGGGGGGGGGUAAACGACACAAUUCAUGAAUGAUCAUGUGAUUGAAAAACACUCCAAUGAAGAAGAAAGAAAGAAAGAAAAAAAAAAAGACGUAUAAUGCGCUACAUCUGGGGAGACUGCCUGCGGUGCCGUUUACAGCCACUGCCCUGAGAACCGAGUUGCUGUUUGGAUUUUAGUUUUAAAGACUGAGGAGAACAGAGACUGAAAAACAGACUUUGUUGAAAAACACCCUGAGAUUGUGCCUUUUUUAAACGAGUAAACGCAGCAUUUUUUACAAUGUCUGCUCAUAUCGUGUAUCCACCAGCUACUCCGUCAUUUUUUCCUGCGGGAGAAAACGACCGGCAGCUUCUUCUAAUUUGUUCCCAUACGAAAUACUUCAUGACUAUUUUUCCUUUUGCUUUGUUACCCUCAUAAAACUGAAACCACAGUCUUUUUUACACUAAACAGAAAGUGUGCAUUUUUCUUAUUUUAUGACAAACUGUAUGCUUUACCAGACAAUCCACCAAAACUUUGAACACAUAUUUAAGUUUUGAUAUGAAACGCGUCUUUUUUUCGAAGACCUUUUGACGGAUGAAGCAUCUCAUCGGAUGCAGCGGUUGGAGCAUCUCUUGGCUCACUGGCAUUACUGUAAGUCAGGAAUAUACUUGUGUUUGUGUAUAAUGAAUCUUAAAUAAGCUACUGGAACGUUUUAAAACACUUCAGAAGACACAAAGUUUGCCAACCAAGUGCAAUUCAGUUUUUUCUUUUCAUUCUCUCUGGAUAUAUUUCGGUGAUGCCUUAUUUUCACGGACUGACACGUCUCUUUUGUGAAGCGCAGGUUCUUGGAAGCAUAUUCUCUUGAUUAAUAGAUUACUUUUUUUUUUUUAAGAUAUUCAGAAGUGUCCUAAAAUCUGAGGUCUUGUCGAGCAAAGACAGGAGUCAGUGUUUAACUGUGUUAAAAAGUUUACGGCUCUAAUUUAUAAACCAGGGUUUGGAUCUAUUUUGAAUAUUAAGUAGUUUAUAGGACAUUUGUAUGAGAACUUCUGAGUUUCCUAAAAAGAUGUGUGUUGAAGUUUCAGUAGAAUAAGUUAAUAAAGAACCUGUUGGCUUCCAUCACAUCUUUUCAGAAUGGUGUCAACAGCAGUUUGUACAUAUCUCAUGUUGUGGAUUACAAAUACAGGACAAAAGCAAUAAAGUCUGCAGUGAAGAAAAA